UGUUAGAAUAUUUUUAAAGGCCAUUCAUCUUCAAAGCAACUUUUAAACCAGCUUGUAGCUCUUUUCCUUGCCGUUCUAGAUUUACAACACACAACGUGCUGUUGAAUACAUGAAAUUUCAAAUGACUUUCAACAUAAAAAUGCAAGUGAACAUUUUGUAAUAAUUUUGUUAUGAAUAAUACUUGUCAGGUUGCACCAUCCUGUGAAUUCUAUUGCAGACUAAUCUAUUAGAUGCUGGAAAAUAUCUGAAAAUGGUUUUUACCUCUUCUUUGAUUCCUACAAUAGAUCUUAAACUAGUGAACCUUUCCCCCCAGUUCACUGUGCAUCAUUUUGUUGCUUUGGAUACUUUAGGAAAUAAUAUCAUAUGAAUUAUUGGAGAAGACUUAAAUAAUCGAACAAUGACAACGUUAGCGCUGCAUGUAAAAACAUGAAUUGUAUUUAUUACGUAAAGCAAUAUUUUCUCCAAAAUCAAAUAUCCAGAAGAAAAACAUGGCUGGAGCAUCUCAAAUCUAUAUUUUCUUUGGUGCACCUGUCCUUUCAACUUCACCAAAGGCAGCUAAUGAAGAGAAUUUUUUAUCCGCCACCACUGAACCAUGGAGAAAGCUCCAUCUUUCAUUGACGAAAGACAACUUUGACCUUUGUGCUAGAAAAUGCAGAGGUCCCAAAUGUACAGAGUAUUGUACAACCAAUGAUGCAACAUUGGCUUCCUACACCAAAAGUAAUUUCACAGCAAACUUUGAAAAGAAAUGUGGGUUGGUUGACAGUUUUUUGAUGGACCAUGUGAAUGAUGGUAUGAACAAUAAAACUAAGGAGACCAGUGAGUCAUCUGGCAGUGCUUCUUAUGUCUAUGGAGAUAUAAAUACAGACAAACAUGCAAAGCAUCUUAGGCAUCAGCAGUUUCCCAAUGAUGGAAGAACAGAUGAGCAACAUAUCAAACUCUUGGAAAAGACUGCAGGAGAUACCAUGAUACAUAACCCCAUUGACAUUUCUCCUUUGGUUUCUGGUCCCCAAAAGAUUAGCAGAGGUGUGACAUCUGUGUGGCAGGAUGAUGAGCUAUCACACUUCCAGUGUGAUAGUGAGAAGCUGCAGGAAAUAUGCUGCCCUGACAUAACACAUGAAUCUAAGAAACGUCUGGAUCCAAAUUCAAGGCUUGCCUUAUCAACAGACACUGAAUUUCUUAGUAUUCUGACCUCAAGUCAAGUUGCUCUCCUUUCAAGAAGGCCUGCCGUAGGACAAAAUGAAAUGGAAAAUGAUUCUACAAAGGUUACGGGUGUGGGAUUGGGUGGGUCUUGUAAGGAGAGUGGAGAAGAGGCAAAUCUCCAUCAAGACGACAAAAGCUCUCCUGAACUCUUCAGUUUGGAUAGCUCUUCAAAAGAUAGCAGGCUAACAUAUUUGACAAAAGAAAAUAGCUUUCAGAGAAAUGCUAGUGAAUCGACUGGCCUCUCACGUUCUGCCGGUGACAGUCCUAAUAAUGAGAUACACAUUCAGCCGUGGAAGAGUGGGAUACUGUGUUCUCAAGGGGGCAACUCCCCAAAAGAAUCCUCAAAAAGAUCUCGAGCAUCUGAAGACGGCCUGCCUGCGACUAACUUUGCCACUGCAGGCCAGCAGCUAUCCAAGAAAACGAAGCUGGUUUACUCUUCAGUUUGCCCUGUUCUACAAACGGAGCAACUGAAAAUAUCGUCGUUGAAGAAACUUCGGAAGCAUCCAUCGUUGCUUAAAGACUGUGCCUGCAAAGGCCAGAAGUAUAAUGUCUUAGUCACAGUGCUACAUCCUUGCCAUAUCAAAGAAGUACAAAUGAGGUCAGGAACGACAUUAUCCCCUAAAGUCCCCUUAGCUACUCUCGUAGUAUUCGAUCAGUCAGAAAUCCAACGGAAGGUGGUACUGUGGAGAGCGGCUGCGUUCUGGUCACUUACGGUAUUUCCUGGAGAUAUCAUUCUACUCACAGAUGUUGGUGUGUAUGAAAAUCACUGGGCUGGGGAGACAUUACUGCAAUCAACAUAUACUAGUCAGUUAUUGAACCUCGGGAGCUGCUUAGCUAUCCAUCCAAAUGAAUUCUCCCACGUAGUGGACAUUAAUGUUCUCCGGGAGCUGCUAGUGUACGUGAAGUCCAGGCACGCCUGUUUUCAAGCUCUCCCCCAAAGGGAGCCACAGAGACUCAACAGCGUACAAAACGUUCUCCUAGAUCAACUCCAAGCCGAUACGUUGGUGCACUCCAUCCUGAGAAUUGUUGACAUCACUGUGCUAACAG